AUGACCCAAAAGGAUGCCAUUGAAUCCCUCGACCCGACUGGCUUGAUGAGGCAAGUUGGCAUCCCUUCGGAUCAUGCUGGCGAAAGCGUCAGUGCUGACAGGAUGGAGGAUGGCAGGGUCGCUGCACUGCCCUCCGUGAUCGGAAAUCAGGUGGAGAGAUUGGUCUGCCGCCAUCGACGCGACCGGAAGAUGAUAGUGGACAAGAUGCCUACAGAUUGGGAGAAAAAGCUUUCCACCAUCAACAGCCAGACCAUGUCAAUCUGCUGGAAUCGGAAGACUUGCUCCAUGGCAACCCCUUGGUAUGUGAAGAAAGUGACAAGGAUGGUGCAUGGCAAGUUGGAGUUUGUCCCAGGGUCAGGAAAGGGGUACGAGUUGAUAUACCUUCGCUUCACACCAAGUGAUGAAAAGGAUCCUGCUGGUCGUGGGACCUAUUGGCUAAGUUCUGCCAACUAUGAAGCCCGACCUGUUUGCUGCAUGAACUCCACAGCAGAUAGGAGCGGAUUUGACUUGUUGAAAGAAGCGUACGCAGGUGAUAGUGAUGCUUCUGUAGAAGACGAAGAUGAUGCCGUCAACCCAGAGGAGGAGGAGGAGGAGGGCACAAGCGGCAUGCAGGCGCCAGAGGAUGUUGUCGCUCACGACCAUGAGGAUGCUACACCAGGAGAGUCAGAGUCAGAUGGAUCAGCGCCAAGUAGCGGAAUGGAGGAUGCUGACUUGGAGUCUGACGAAUCAGGGGAAGAGGAGGAAGUGCAGGGAUAUGAAGGUGAGAACGGGGAGACAAAGGAGCCCAUUGUUGUUGGGGCACUUGGCCCCAAACACAAGGCCUACCACACGAGUCCUGAAUGGCUGCAACUCCUGGAGUUUGAGAAAGAGAAGAAGGUCAUUUUGAGCAAAAUUCCAAAUGUGAUUGGUGCUGGGGUGCACCGACAUCCAUCUAAGUGUUUUUGGACCGCGAUCUACCCAGCAUGUUCGAUCAAAUCGUGCAGUUGGGGAGCUUCACGGACACCACUCGAGUGUUUGAUAAAAUGCAUCAAACACAUCAUUAAGCAACACCUGAUUGCUUAUCCUAACAGCUCAGAGGAUUCAGAAUGGAAGAGCCAGCUGCAAUCCUUGAGCGAUCUUAUUUCAAGUAGCUGA